UUAGAAUUUUCAAUCCACUAUAUUCCCGCAACAGUGUACAUUUCUACGUAAGGUUUGUCGUAGACCUUUAAAAAACACAGUAUAAAUGCGUUUCUACAAAUUUUACUAAGAUGAAGUUUGUUUUUGUGUGGUCUCUGUUUAAUAUCAUAAACAAUUGCCGGGGUGUAAAGCUAUUAGAGGCAAACCCCGAUGUGAAGCGGCUCUACGAUGAUCUUCUCAGUAAUUACAAUAGGCUUAUACGUCCAGUCAUGAAUGUUAGUGAUAUAUUAACUGUAAGACUUGGUCUAAAGUUAUCUCAACUUAUGGAGGUCAAUUUAAAGAAUCAGGUCAUGACAACCAAUCUAUGGGUUGAACAGAAAUGGCAGGACUACAAGUUAACCUGGGAUCCAGCUGACUAUGGCGGUGUUGAGAUGUUGUACGUACCCUCAGAACACAUUUGGUUGCCAGACAUAGUAUUGUAUAAUAAUUGGGAUGGAAAUUACGAGGUUACACUAAUGACAAAAGCAACGCUAAAAUACACUGGAGAAGUAAAUUGGAAGCCGCCUGCCAUUUACAAGUCGUCCUGUGAGAUUAACGUGGAGUACUUCCCCUUCGACGAGCAGACAUGCUUCAUGAAGUUUGGUUCCUGGACUUAUAAUGGGGCUCAGGUGGACCUCAAACACAUGGAUCAAUCUCCGGGCAGUAGUUUGGUGCACGUUGGUAUAGAUUUGAGUGAGUUUUAUCUGUCUGUGGAGUGGGAUAUACUCGAAGUUCCAGCAACGAGAAAUGAAGAGUACUACCCAUGUUGCCCUGAACCCUUUUCUGAUAUAACGUUUAAACUGACAAUGCGCAGAAAGACACUCUUCUACACCGUGAACCUGAUCAUUCCGUGUGUGGGCCUCACAUUCCUUACCGUGCUUGUGUUUUAUCUCCCUUCAGACUCGGGAGAAAAGAUAUCGUUAAGCAUCUCAAUAUUGGUAUCAUUGACGGUGUUCUUCCUGCUGAUGGCGGAGAUCAUACCGCCGACGUCCCUCGCGAUCCCACUGUUAGGAAAGUAUUUGCUGUUCACCAUGGUACUGGUAUCGCUUAGUGUAUGGAUGACAGUCCUGGUGCUUAAUGUGCACUUCAGGUCCCCCUCUACGCAUACGAUGUCUCCGUGGAUGAAGAAAGUGUUCCUCCAGUUCAUGCCUAAACUGUUAAUGAUGAGGAGAACCAAAUACUCGUUGCCAGACUAUGAUGAUACCUUCAUGUCUAACGGAUACACAAAUGAGCUGGAUAUGAGAAGUUAUGUUUCCAGCAGGGACAGUCUGACGGACGCAUUUUCCACUGGUAAAGGCGAUGAUGGGGAUUACCGAAAAUCGCCAGGACCUGAAGACGAUAUGCUCGGGGCAGGUGCUCAUCAACGACCAUCAGUGACGGAUUCUGAGAACAUGUUGCCGCGCCACUUGUCGCCUGAAGUAGCGGCCGCCUUGCAGAGUGUGCGAUUUAUCGCACAACAUAUCAAGGACGCCGACAAGGACAACGAGGUUGUUGAAGAUUGGAAAUUCAUGUCUAUGGUACUAGACAGGUUCUUCCUCUGGCUGUUCACCAUUGCCUGCUUUGUUGGGACCUUUGGAAUCAUCUUCCAAUCACCUUCACUCUACGACACCCGUGUUCCAGUUGAUCAAGAACUGUCUUCUAUUCCGAUGAGGAAGAAUAACUUCUAUUACCCUAAGGAUGUUGAGACAAUUGGUAUUGUGUAGACGAAGAAUACAGCCAUGUUCUAAUAAAGAUAUAAAAUAUAAUAAAGUAUUACUAUCAAAAAUUGAAUGAUUCUAGCGUUUACUGCUUUCUUAAAUAAAAGGCGUAAACUGGACAGGAAGACCUGGCACUGUUCUAAAUCGCAAACAGUAUUUUUAUGUUUUAAUUAAAUAAAAUAAUAAUAAUAAAUAGACAAAAAGACGUUUAACUUCUAGUUAUAGUUAAAACUUAAUGUGUACGUAAUACAUAACAAAUACUAACUCCGCAUUUCGAAAUUUGAAGGCUUCAGUCAGUGAGAGAUCGUUGCAAGCCUUUCGAUACACGAAAUAGAACUUUAAAAUCAUGUUAAAGUUGUAGCAGAUGUCUACAGGCUGUGUUAACAAUAUGUGUUAUAAUACAUUGUCAAUAAUUUAAGUCUUAGAUAGAUUUUACUGUGGUGGAAUUAAUGACUCUUUAGUUUUUUUGCAAGGUUUGUAAGAAGUGUCCACAUGAUUACGAUCUUAAGACAAAAUUGUAGUCUUUACUUCAUAAUAAUUCUCUCGACUCGCCAACGUUCAAUCACAAGUUUGUGUCAAAUAUUUUUAUAAAAAGAGUACGCGUAAAAUUCCUUUUAUGCAAACUCGUGGUAUGCAAUUUAAUUAAUAAGUAAUUAUUAGUAGUUUCAAUGAUCACACUUAAUUAGCGAUAUACAAGGUAUAAUUUUAAGUAUUAAGGCUGUGAAUUUUACUUUUACUAAUAUGUAAUAAGGUUCUAUGUAAUUUAGAAGCACAAUAUAUAAUCUAUUAUGAA